AUGGCAGCAUACGAUGUCGUUGAGACCCCCUCGGCGGUGGCCUCGCACCUCGACGACACCCCCGCCCCCGAAACUCCUGUGAAGCGCAACCGUUUCAAGGAAUUCUACUUUGGCAUUCCCGGUAUUCUCACUGGCGCUGCCAUCGGUAUCGCCCUUGGCGUGCUCAUUCAAACCACGACACCCAGCGAGGAGGUCGUGUCUUGGAUUGGGAUUCCGGGCUCCCUCUUCAUUCGCGCGAUCAAGUGUUUGGUCACCCCGCUGGUGUUCUGCAGCUUGCUUGUAGGCAUGGCAGAUAUGUUGGCUGUGGGCAAGGCAUCUCGCAUUGGCUGGCGCACGGCUUUGCUGUACAUCACGACCACCAUCGUUGGAGCAUGCCAGGGGCUCUUGUGGGUGAUGCUCUUCCGUUCUAGCUUUGGCAACAAGUCCAAGAGCACUGACGCCAAACCCACAGAGUUUGCGUUUGCAUGCGAGAAGCCAGGCCACUUCCUCACACAUGUCGGUGCCAACGUCUCUUGCGUGUACGACGAAACCUACAACAAGACCAGCAAAUUUUCCCCGUCGUCUGUGUUUGUCGCCAGCGACAUCCACGACAGUUUUGCCAAGGCCAGCUCUGGUUUUGCUCGCCGCACGCUCACCCAGGCAUUGCAAGGGCAACUCAAUGCGAUGGUGCCGUCCAACAUCACGCAAGCGUUCGCGGAUGCCACGUUGCUGUCCAUCAUCAUGUUUGCCAUCCCGUUUGGCGUGGCUAUUUCGCUCUUGCCCCGUGACUUGACGGUGGUAGCCGAUUUCUUCCGAGCCAUCAAUAUGGUGUUCAUGACGAUGAUCACAUGGGUGAUUUCGUGCACCCCCAUCGCCAUCAUUUCCCUCUUGGCGUCAUCGAUCUCUGAACAAUCCGACUUGAAGCUGCUCGUGUCCGACGUCGGUCUGUACGUGCUCUGCGUGCUCCUCAGUCUAUUCGUGCACACAUACAUCUUCUACCCUAUCUUGCUUCGGUCGUUUGUCAAGAUCAACCCGUACAAGUGGAUCAUGAAGAUGGCCCGCGCCCAAACGUUUGCGUUUGGAUGUGCAUCGUCCAUGGCCACGCUUCCCGUCGUGAUGGAAUGCAUUGACGAGACCCGCGAAGUGUCCCAAACCCUGUCUCGUUUUGUCUUGUCCCUUGGCGCCACCAUUGGCAUGGACGGAGCUGCCCUUGGCUACCCCAUUGCCAUUGUGUUCAUGGCGGAAGCUGAAGGCAUUGGCCACAUUAUUGGCAGCAUUGAGUACUUCUUGAUCGUUCUCGUAUCGACCAUCGGGGCUGUGGGCUCUGGUCCUGUGCCUGCUGCCGGCAUCGUGAUGACCAUGACGAUUUGGGCCAGUGUCUUCCCCAGCGUGCCCCUGCCUUCGACCUUCGCGUUCAUCGUCGCCACGGACUGGUUCUUGGACCGGUUCCAAACUGCCGUCAACGUCACGUGCGACACGGUCGUGUGCCGCAUUGUUGCCGAACAAGUCGGGGAAACCAUCAAAGAAGACGACCGCCUUAGCCUGUUGUCUGCUGUCGGCGACUUGGCCAGCCAUAACCCCAAGAUCAAGAAAGCCCUUGAAUCGUCCUACGCUCGCGACUAG